AUGCCUUGCCAUAUCAAUAACUGCCAAAUCACCGACGCAUCGCACUUGAUGCAGUGUUCCGGUUCGUGUGGCAGAAGUUACCAUGCUGCGUGCGCUGGGACACAGAGGAACUACGAGAACGAAAUAACUAAUUAUAUGAUCCCGCUGUGCCGAGACUGCCAGGGAGUUAUUUCGGUUGAAGUCACAACUCGCGCCGUUCUCCUGCAACAGCAAAAGCUGACUUGCGAUAUCACAGCUCUGAUUGAUGCUAACUUUAAGGCUUGCAAUGCCUUCAAGCAAAUGGACAACAAAAUCGAAGUUGUUCAAGAUGAAUAUGAGGGCAUUGCCACCCUCCUUGGCGAAAUGCAGCAGCAACUCAACAGACUGGAUAAAAAAAUCGACGACUCUACAUUAAACAACAACGUAACGACCGGCUUCACCGCCUGUGCCACAAUCAGCUUGCACAACACUUACAACAACAACACCAACAGCAUAUCCUGCUCCAACAACAAUCCCAGCAACGUCAACACCAACUCCAGCAGCAUCAACAUCAACAACAACAUCAACAGCAUAGCCAGCAUCAACAACAACAGUCCCAGCAACGUCAACACCAACCCCAGCAGCAUCAACAUCAAUCCCAACAACAGCAACAACUUCAUCAACUCCAGCAACCCUAUCAAAACCAACAACAGCAACAUCAACAACUUCAGCAACCAUCUCUACAGCAACACCAACAACAAACAUUUCAACACCUACAGCAGCCGCAACAAGCCCACCCCCUCCAGCAACAACAGCAACAGCAACAUCAACAACAACAACCACAACCCCAUCAACAACAUCAUCAAAAUCUACAGCAACAACUACAAGCCCAGUCCCACCAACAACAGCAACCACAACUUCAUCAACAGCAACAGCCCACCCAAGCUCAGCUAA